UGCUCGAUCCAAGAAGCCAAGAAGCGAAGAAGCGAGCUAGCUCGUGACCGCCGCAAUGUCUUCUCCGCCGGCUCUCCAUGGCCCCGCGGCGCCUGCCGAGGUGGCGGGAGGAGGGGGAGGGCCGUCGCCGAUGGUGAUCAGCAACGGCGUGCUGCUCGCCGCGGUGAUCUUCUUGUUCAUGGUCGUGGUGUUCGUGUUCCUGCUGUACCUCUACGCGAAGCGGUACCUCGGCGCGAACCCGAUGUUAGCGCCGGUGUCGCCCUCGUCGAGGUUCCUCUUCCUCGACGCGUCCCCGUUCCCGCGCCGCGGGCUGCCCGCCGCCGUGCUGCGGGGGCUCCCCGUGACGGUCUACGCGAAGCCGGGCGGGGGCGGCGCGGGCGCCGGCGAGGGGCUCGAGUGCGCGGUGUGCCUGUCCGAGGUGGCCGACGGCGAGAAGGUGCGGCUGCUGCCCAAGUGCGAGCAUGGCUUCCACGUCGAAUGCAUCGACAUGUGGUUCCAUUCCCACGACACCUGCCCGCUCUGCCGCGCGCCCGUCGGCUCCGACGCCUGGGAGCUCACCGCGGAGGGGCUGCCGCGCGUGCCGCGCGAGGAGCCGGCCGCCAUGGAGUUCCCCAUGUUCCCCACCAACGUCCUCUUCUGGGGCACCCACGACGACGUCGCCAACCACCCGUUCCGUCCCCCGCCGCCGCCUCUCGCGACCGCCCCCUCCACGAGCUCCUCGGCCUCCGGACGCCGGAAGGAGAAUCUCGUGAUCGACAUCCCGACGCGCUCCGUCGCGGCGGACUCUGUCACGUCGUCGUCCGCCUCGACGCCGCUGCCGGCGAGCAGGAUGUCGGAGGACAUGAGGUCGCCGGUGUCCGCGCGGCUCCGGUCGCUGCGCCGGCUUCUGAGCAGGGGCAAGCAGGCCGUGGUCGGCCCGUCCUUCAGCCCGCGCGGCGGCGGCAGCGGAGACAUCGAGCAGGGGCUCGCCGGCGCUGACGCCGCGUGCCCGCCCAAGACUCCCAAGACGCCGCCGGCGGCGAACUGAUCCUUCUUUCCGAAGCUCCGAGAUGCAUUGGCUCGCCUCGCCGAUCACCGGAGAGUACACAUGUGUUCAUUCUUUUUUUUUCCUAUUCUUUUCUGAUCCUUUCUUUUGCAUUUAAGAAAACAAAGAAGAAAUUUUGAUCAAAAACUCUGAUGUAAAAAGAAGAUGACAGCAUUGUUGUAAGUUCAUUAUUGGUGAUUGGAGGAUAAAGUUAAUGAAUUUGUUCAUAUGUC